UCAGAAAAAAUAUAUGCCUUAAACUUUGAUUAUUUUAGUUAUAAGAUGACAUAACCGCUUUGUGUAGAAUUGCUGGCUCGGUACAGUAGAACAGAUAAGGGCAAGUGUUUGUUCUUUGUAACUCUUCUGCAAAUGCUUCGCUCACCGCGGCCUUGAAGGUAAAAAAAAAAAAAAGUAUGUACAAAGUAGAUUUCCAGGUGCAAGAAGGAGGUUUGUGAACUAACCCUAUCUCCCCCAUAAUUCCCAUCCUGAUAACAGCAAAGAAAUAAUGAAGUAAUAUUAUAGCCGCUUUUCAUGCUAAUUUCACUAUAUGAUCACGUGAGUUGUAAGCGACUGUUAAAAAGUAUAUAAGCCUCCUGAUUUUGCUCUUGGGGGGGGACCCCUUCCAAGUGCUUGGGAAAUCCAUGUCACUUUGGAACUCCCCCUACAGCUGUAGUUUCUUUUGAAUAAAAGCUUCUGCUGACCUGACCCAAAAGUACUCUGUGUGUGUUUCCACGACAAUUCCUGGUGCCGUGACUCGGAUCCAGAACACAGGCUGAGGAAGGAGGACCGCAGGCUACCCCCCCCCCGAACCCUGAGGCGCCAAACUUGAGAGGUCCAAGAAGCCUUACCUCAACCACCGGAUGUUCCCUGUCACAACCUCGAACCAGGGGAUUGGAUCUACGUAAAGGUCUAUCAACGGAAAAACGCACUUCAACCCAGAUGGAAAGGACCUUUCCAGGUACUUCUAACCACUAAUUCUGCUGUUCGUUGCCAAGGUCACCAAACGUGGACUCACGCCUCGCACUGCAAGAAGGUAUCACCUCCAUUGGACCCCGAAGCAGCUGUAUUCCAACCAAGGUUGGGAUCUUUCCCUGAGGCCAAGGACAAAGACCCUCAGGACCUCACUCAGGCAAGUGAGGAGCAUCAGGGUGCAAGUGCUAGUAACCUCUCCCCUGCACCCAACACCUCAGCCCAGCCGGAUUCAUCAGUUGAAGAACGAAGAUAUCAUCUUCGGCCUCGAAGAAAGUGAAUGCUCCCAUUCGGAAGAUCACCACCUCGAUCAAGACCAAGAGCCGACAUUAUCAGUCCUUUAGGUAACUUGAGCCCAGAGGACGAAGAAAGACUUUGGCUGCCAUCCUGGGUUUGGCUGGUAGUGUUCUUUUUCUUACUGGUGCUGGUUAUGUUUGUUGUUAAGAUUCUUUGUCCCUCCUGUACCUAAAAAUGGCACUGAUAUCCUUAUAUAUCACGCUUGGGUAUCUCAGUAUCACCCAAGGGGGGUGGGAGAAAAAUUUGUAUUUGCAGUUCUCCCAUGCGGUGGCUCAAGCUGGAAAUAAAAGUGACUGCUGGAUAUGCUCUCACAGCCCAGCACACCUACACCAAGGAAUCCCAAUGAUCGGAGUACCAAUAUCCCUCCAGCAAUGGGGAACAAUAAACGGCGGCUUCGUUAGACACUACUCGUUAGCUGCCCAUCGGUCCGCUCCUAAAGAAUGGAGGGCCGCCCCUGCUGACUGGAUAAUCUCCCCAAGAGUAGAGGCGCCUUUCUGUUACAUAUCCAACAACACCAGAGCUUAUAAUAAAGCCACACCUGUAGGACACUACCCUCAUUGCCUAACUACUCUAGAUUAUAGCCCUAGUAGCACCAGUGGAAUCCUGUUGGGUAACGUACCCUCUCUCAAUUGUACAGGAUUCAUGGUCUACAACUUUUCUAAGGAACCUCAUGUUGCUCUCAUUGCAAACAGAUCAGAAUUUUACAUUCACUCCAAUUUUACUUCUUGUAAUAUAUCUCGGUCCAGCAGAAUAACAGCUGAACGUGGACCGUCCUAUACGAUGCAUAUCAAUCGAAAGUGCCGGAUAGGGCACAACAACUGUCGAGAUUUGAGUACCCUUUCUGCCCCAGGCCUUUACUGGCUCUGCGGAAACAGGGCUCAUAAAAUCUUGCCCUGGAAUUGGGUGGGGGCAUGCACUCUUGGACGUGUUAUCCCUGGUUUCGAAAUGCAUAGUGCAAUAUAUCUGGAACAAGUAAAAAAUUUCAACCAUCACAUGAAAAGGGCAGUUAACCCCUUAGCUACCAGAAACACAGGGUUCCAUCGAUUUGUGAGAACCUUCAUACCGUGGCUUGGAGUAAGAGAAUUGGAACUAGCCAUAAUUAACAUUUCAGCCACAAUGGAAGCUAUGGGAAAUGCCACUGCGGAUGCAAUUCAGGCUCUGCAAAAAGAGAUCUCCCAGAUCUCACAAGUAACUAUACAACACCGCAUAGCCCUAGAUUACCUAUUGGUAUCCCAGGGAGGAGUAUGUGCCUUAGUAAACUCCACCUGUUGUGUCUAUGUCAAUCAGGACAUGCGAAUCGAAACUGACAUUCGCAAAAUCUGAAAUCAGUUAAGGGUCCUACAUCAAGUGGCCUCAGAAAAUACUGACUGGGGUCUAGAAGAAAUGUGGUCUUGGCUAACCUCCUGGCUCCCAGAUUUCGGGGCCCUUGGCAAGAAAAUCCUGUAUGGAAUAUUGUUUGUCUUGAUAGUUCUGAUAAUGUUCUAUGUCUUAAUGCAACUGAUCCUCUGCUGCGUGAAAGCCAGCAGGGGAAGCUUUAGCAAGGCAAGAAAACCCACAGCAGAGUCUAGAAUAAUGGUGUUACAAAAGUGUGAGCAGAUUGAAAGAAAACAUGAAAGGCUGCAUGAUGAAAUAGAGGGGCUCAUGAGAAUGGAAAUUUAAGGCUAAAGUGAGACUAAAUAGUCUCAAAGGGGGGGGCUGUGGAAUCAGAAAAAAUAUAUGCCUUAAACUUUGAUUAUUUUAGUUAUAAGAUGACAUAACCGCUUUGUGUAGAAUUGCUGGCUCGGUACAGUAGAACAGAUAAGGGCAAGUGUUUGUUCUUUGUAACUCUUCUGCAAAUGCUUCGCUCACCGCGGCCUUGAAGGUAAAAAAAAAAGUAUGUACAAAGUAGAUUUCCAGGUGCAAGAAGGAGGUUUGUGAACUAACCCUAUCUCCCCCAUAAUUCCCAUCCUGAUAACAGCAAAGAAAUAAUGAAGUAAUAUUAUAGCCGCUUUUCAUGCUAAUUUCACUAUAUGAUCACGUGAGUUGUAAGCGACUGUUAAAAAGUAUAUAAGCCUCCUGAUUUUGCUCUUGGGGGGGGGGGACCCCUUCCAAGUGCUUGGGAAAUCCAUGUCACUUUGGAACUCCCCCUACAGCUGUAGUUUCUUUUGAAUAAAAGCUUCU